AUGGGAGAGAACAUUCUUGGAAUGGAUGGGCUUCAGAUCCUCUUCCAAGCACUUGUGCCCGCAGUGGUGUUGCUCGUUUCAUCUUCCUGCGCUCUGCUGUUGUGUCGUUCCUGCAGGCCUUUGCCAAUAUUGCAGGUGUCUCUGGCGCUCGUGCACUGCGGCGCGCGGCUGUUGCUGCUGCUGCUGCUGCUUCAGGAAUGUUUCACAGCUGCGCACGGAUGGAGGCCUUUAAAAAAUGAUGCCACAGAAAUUAUACCAGAAUACACGGAGGACACAAACAAACCCGAGGAGCAGAUACAACUGUCUGACAAUAACACAAUGAACCGGGCGAAAAACGGUGGAAGGCGGUCGUCAGCAAACUCACGGACUUAUGGAGCCUCAGAACUCAGCUGUCGGGAGUUGCGUUCGACUCGCUAUGUUACCGAUGGAUCUUGCCGCAGCGUCAAACCCGUGAAGGAACUUGUGUGUUCUGGUCAGUGCCUUCCAGCUCACCUGAUGCCAAACUCAAUUCUACGGGGAAAAUGGUGGAGAAGCAGUUCCUCCGAUUACCGUUGCAUCCCUGCUCACUCUCGCACCCAGCGGAUACAGCUCCAGUGUCCAAACGGACCAAAUCGGACAUACAAAAUCAGAGUUGUCACAUCUUGCAAGUGCAAACGCUACACUCGACAACACAACCAAUCGGAUGUCAAAGAGUCAUCCAAGAAACCACGGCGCAAUAAGAAGCACCGCAGCAAAGUGCCGUCCAUCAACAGCAAUUCAUACUGAGAGGAAAGGACACAGAUUCAGAAAACACUCUCUUGCACACAUACAAAAAAAGAAAAUACACCUAUACAUAUGCACACAUAUUUCAGAAACCUACAAGGGAAGGAAUAAACGCAUUAGCAUUUACCAAACUUGUUGGCAUGCUAACAAGUUUCCAAUGUAUUUCAGAUGUCUCGCUGUUUGUAUGUGCUCUUGAGCCUAAAUCGUCCCAGUUUGAUCACAAAAUGCCAGCGGACUGAGUGUAAAGACGUCUGCUGUUAUGCGAGAUUAGAUCAGGCAAUGUGAUUUUUUGUGAGGGAGGAGGAAUAUUCCUGCUCAAGCGGUUCAUUUCAAGUUCACUGAAGUUCAUUGAAAGGCUAACUUACGGGCAGACAUACUGAGCACUCCACCAAUCCAGCAAGUGCUCAUGUGAAUGUUUGUGCACCAGAUUUGUCCUCUUUUGGGACUUGGUUCAGUGUAUGAUUUGAGCGCUCAGCCAUGUCGGGCCCAAAAGACACGCUGCCGCUGACAGACCACUGAGGCCCAGAAUUCUUAACCUUGGUCACUUUUACCAGGCCACGAGUCCUUUUUGACAGGCUGGGGAGUCCAUGUGUGUGUCUGCAAAUUCACAAUUCCACAAGAAACUGAUCAACACUGGCAGCUAGAGCCGCCUUACGGAGAGUUCGGAAAGUUGUGUCAGCCCUCCACGGUCCAAGUCCCUGGAGGUCGAGAACCGCAAACGGUAUUCCUGUGACUUGUCCUAAUUACCAAAUAGUUCCAUUCCUGUGUUUAGGAUUUGAGUCAUAAAAAGCCAUUUCCUCUAGACAUGGUCAGUUCCUGUUUGUUCGAACACCCGAAAAAGAGGCCCACAUGUGUGCACGAAUCUGCAGCAAUUCCUCGCGGGCAAAUAACCUUUCCGCACCCUCCUUCAAUGGAAACCAUUUGGAGAUAUUCAGCUAUCUGCAAUCGCUAGCAGGUUACCUACAUCCAUUACUGAAGUCUUCAGCGAAGAUGUCAUCCAUCCUGUCUCCACACGUGACCGGAAAAGAACAGACAAAUAAGUGAACCAAACUCUGAAAUCGUGGGCUGGAUGUUGAUUCUACACAGGAUACAGAGAUAAGAGAAUGCCAAUUGUUCAACUUUUUUUUUUCUGCCCACCUCGAUGAUAUUUGCUCAUUUUUUCAAUUGUGUGUUUGAAAUAGCAACUGGAAGAGAUUUCUUAUAAUGUAAGCAGACUUGUCGUGAAUAGUAACUUGUACAUACUAUACCUGUGUGGUCUCAUUGAGCGGUAUCCUCCUUCAACCAGUAGAUCCUCUCUCAGACCAAAAGACUGUUACAAAGAAUGAACUGUGUAUUUAUUUUUUUAUUUUUAUCAUUUAAAUUAUUUAUGCAAUUUUUUUUGUAGAAAAUAAUAGCCAUUAUUGUACUAUAUGUAAUUAUAGUGAAUUUCAUACCGAAAAAGAGUACAUGAAUAAAGUUAAGCAACUUAUAUAUGUG